AUGGACUUCACAGAGGAUGACAUUCAAGACCUCAAACAUCGGCUCGAGGAAUCUGUGGUAAAAUCAAUGGACAGAGGCUUACAUCAAUCAUCCAAAUGGGCGGCUGAGAUGCUCAAUUCCCUCAUGCCCGUUCACGGAGACAGCGAUGCCGAUGCCGAUGCUGACUCUUCUAUGGAAACAGAACCUACUCCCCCACCUGUGAAUCCGUACUUAGGUCAAGAAGAUCCCGUUGAAGCUGCACUCGAGGCACAGGAAUUUCCCAAAUACCUCCUGGCCAAAACCUUUUUCGAAACCCGAGAGUACGACCGCUGUGCAGCUGUUUUCUUGCCUCGGAAACUCCCCAAGUCUCUCAACGUUAAUCAGAAUUCUACACCAAAAAAGACUAUAAGCAAGGGAAAGGGUCAAAGCCCUCUAAUCCAAGAUUCAAAGAGAAAAAACCUGUAUCCGAACCUCAGUCAGAAAUCACUUUUCCUCGCUCUCUACGCUAAGUACUUGGCUGGAGAAAAGCGCAAAGAUGAGGAGACAGAGAUGGUGUUGGGUCCUGCAGACGUGGCGCCGGUCAAUAAAGCUCUGCCAGAGCUCAUUCGAGGAUUGGAAGGGUGGAUGAAUGACCGAAGUGCAAUGGGUUUGGAGGAUCAAGGACAAGGGUGGCUUGAGUAUCUCUACGCUAUUGUCCUCUUGAAGGGAAAGGGACGAAAUGAAGACAUUGCCAAGAUGUGGCUGGUUCGAAGUGUGCAUCGAAACCCUUUCCAUUGGGGCGCAUGGCAGGAGCUUAAUGGCCUGCUUUCCUGCUCUGAUGAUUUGAAACAAAUAAGCCCAGCACUUCCGGAGCAAAUCAUGACACUCAUUUUCCAUGUCUACUGCAGUCAAGAGCUGUAUCAGGCCAAUGAUGAUACCUACAGCCUAAUAUCUCAGCUACAAGUCAUGUUCCCUACCAGCGCAUUCCUGAAGACCCAGGAGGCCAUGCUUCACUAUCAUUCCAAAGGUCAGACCAGCAAUAAUAAUCCUAAUGAUUUCCGCUCCCUAACAAUUCUCGCAGAAUAUGACCAGGCUUCUCAAAUCUUCCACGAAAUGGUCACUGAGGAGCCACACCGUCUAGACAACCUAGACCACUACUCAAAUAUCCUCUAUGUCCUGGGCGCACGACCCCAACUCGCAUAUCUUGCUCAAAUAUCGACUGAUACUGACAAAUUCCGUCCAGAAACCUGCUGUAUUGUGGGCAAUCUUUUUUCAAAUAAGUCAGAUCACGAGAAAGCGAUCGUGUACUUCCGUCGUGCACUGACACUCGACCGCAAUUUCCUAUCCGCCUGGACCCUCAUGGGCCACGAAUACAUCGAGUUGAAAAACACUCAUACAGCCAUUGAAUGUUACCGUCGCGCAGUCGAUUGCAACCGCAAGGAUUACCGUGCCUGGUACGGUCUUGGCCAGGCCUACGAGUUCCUUGAUAUGUCCAACUAUGCUUUGUUUUACUACAAAAAGUCGUCAACUCUUCAACCCUAUGACCCGAAAAUGUGGCAAGCUCUUGGGUCUUGUUGGGCAAAGAUGGGCAACCUCGAGCGGAGUAUUCAAGCCUUGAAGCGUGCUGUUACUGCUGGUACUUACUAUGUGGACGACGAGAGCCAAAACCCCGGCGCAAGUCCCAACGGUCCAGGUGCUCGCAGGAUGCUCGAUCCAGAAACUCUUUAUCAAAUUGCACAUCUUUAUGACCGUCUCGGGAACAUAGAUGAGACAGUCUCCUACAUGGAGUUGACUAUUCUGCAAGAAACUGGUGGUGCGCUUGUGAGCGACGAAGAUAAAUCUGAUGACGGCGAUUGGUCCUCGGUAUCUGAGAAUGAAGCCGACAAUUCUGGAGAUGAGUCGGACGGCGCACCUUCAGGCUCCCACCAUCGUGGUCGCUCCCACAAGCCCCGCGAUGGAACCUCUUCCUCUGCGCAAAACAACGACACUCUCGGUGAAACAGUCCGUCAUGGUACAGGCCCUACACCUACUACGUCCAAGGCGCGUCUAUGGUUGGCCCAGUAUGCCUUGAAAAAUGAGGAUCUGGCUCGAGCAGAGCAGUUGGUGAAGGAGCUCUGCCAGGACGGAAUGGAGGUGGAAGAUGCGAAGGCAAUCAUGCGGGACAUUCGUGCCAGAAAAGAGGCUGCCGCAGGUGCUGUCUAG